AAUAAUUUUUUUUUUAGGGUUCAUUGUUAUUUAGAUUAUCAAGUACUAUUUCUUUAUUAUAUGCUUUUUGUUUCUUAGUUUAAUUUGUUUCUCCAUGAAUGUUUUGUGCAAAUUCACAAAAACCUCAAAACAUCAAAUACCCCUUAAAAAACACCUGUCAACUCCAUUUUCUUGAGCUGUCAAAAAACCAGGUGAUUGAUUGUUGUUUAUAGUAAUCUAAGAGUGUGUGGGGUUCUUGAAUUUUCAUCAUUUUUCACCAUUGAUGAAUGUUCAAGAAAGGAAAAAGGACAUUAAAAAAUGCUAAGGUGGUGGUGGGCUUGAUGGAAUUUUAUAGAACAUCCAUUGUAGAGGUAAGGUACAGCCUGUUUGGGUUUGAUGGACGAAUGGUUAAGACUAGAUGAUGGCUCUCUGAUUUUUAAAGAAAAUAAGGGGAGUGAUUCUGCUAUAAAUGGGGGUAAGAGUAGGUUUAGGAGGAUGUUUGAUGAUGUUUUUGCGGUUUUUCUCAGUCAGAAACCUGAGAAAAAAAGUGUAUGGAGUUUUCCAGUUUUGAGUGGUAGUGGGAAGCCUAUAGAUUUGUUUAAACUCUUCUGGAUUGUGAGGAAACUAGGUGGUUAUGAUCUGGUUUCGUACAAGAACUUGUGGGGUUGUGUUGCAGAGCGUUGUGGGCCGGAUACUGGGGCUGUUGCGUCUUUGAAGUUGGUGUAUGCAAAGUAUCUGAGAGAGUUUGAUCAUUGGCUAAAAGCAAUACUUAAAGAUGGGAACUUGGUGGAAGGAGAGGUUGGUGUCAUUGGGAAACUUGAUUCGUUGUUGAAGGAGUUGGAGACCAUGUUUGGUAAUUUGUUUCGUUCGGAAAAUGAUUGCAAGGAAGAGCUUAUUUGUAACGUCAAUAGUCAGGUUGAUUAUGAAAUGUUUACUGCUGAAAGUGUUAGCGACACUAAGCACAGAAGUUGCAAUGCUGAACACAGGAAGCAUAACCUUAACAAUGGUGGUGAAAGAUCCUUUUCUAAGAUUGCCAAUGACACCGUCUUUUUGGUAUCUACCGAGGGGAUUGUUGAGAAAAUCCUUCGUCGAGCACCUGCCAAAUCAAAUAGGCAGUAUGAUGAUGAAGAAAAAUUUGCACAGAUGAUUGGCAUGGGAGAAAAAGAGAACAAUGACAAAGAGAAAGUUUCUGUUCUGAAUGGUUCUGAUACUACUGUGGCGGUGGGCAAGAGUGUCAUUGAGGACGUAACUGCUUCUCAUAAGAGAAAAAGAGGAUCUCCAUGCUACUCUGAAAUGUUAAAUUGGCUUAAACAUGCAGCAAAACAUUCUAAUGAUCCUGAAAUUGGUCCAGUUCUUAAGUCUUUGAACUGGAAAGGUCAUACAGGCAAGGACUUCUGGUUCCAGGCUUUGGCGAUUAGGGAAGUACUGCUGAAGAAAAGCCAUAUUGACACAGAUGCAGGGGAAGCUAACAGUCAGAAGAAGCAGAGGAUGCAGCCGUCCAUGUAUGAAGAAGAAAAACAUAACAAUCAACCUGCAGAGAACCUAAGAUGCAGCAAAAGGAUCCCUAAUUUGCAAAAGCACACUCUGUGUCGAGGUUGCAGCUUGUGUCCAAUCUCUCGAAACAAAGUUGAAACUCAUCAGAAGAAAGAAGAUGAUAUUGCGCCAGAUCUUGUGAGUGUUGAGGUAUCAGUAACAGAAAAACCUAAAGCUGCCUAUGAACUCCCAAGACAAAAAGCACCUAAAGUGGAUCCUGGCGGCCAACCUCGCACUGCUGAAGUCCCUGAAUGGACUGGUGUGAUUUCUGAGAGCGAUGCCAAGUGGUUGGGCACACGAAUGUGGCCUCCAGAAGUGGAAAAAACAAACCCUUUGGUUGUGUUAGAUCCUGUUGGAAAGGGAAGACAAAGUUCAUGUGAUUGUCGAUUUCCGGGAUCUGCUGAAUGCAACAGGUUUCAUAUUGCAGACCAGAGGUAUAAAUUGUCGCGUGAGCUUGGUCCUCUGUUUACCCUGUGGAGGUUUAACAAAAUGGGGGAGGAAGUUUCGCUCUCAUGGACAGAUGAGGAUCAAGAAAAGUUCAAAGUUUGCAUAAAGCCAAGUGUUUCACAAAAAAACAAUGUGUGGAGCAACUUUAAGGAACUAUUCCCAUCCAAGAGUAGGAAUAUGCUGGUUAGCUAUUACUUCAAUGUAUUCCUUAUCAGGCGCCGAACCUAUCAAAACAGGGUUACUCCAAAAGACCUCGACAGCGAUGAUGAUGAAAAAGAGGUUGGUCGUGUUGGCGGCAAUUUUGGUGACGCUGCAGUUUAUGUACCUUCCUCCAAGUGUUUACUGACAUGCAGCGAGAAUAAGGUCUGCACUGAUCUGCAGUGACAUAUAUAGCUUUGAAGCUUCUUGAUCACAGCAGGCUGUUCUUACAACUUUGCUGUGACAAUUUUGAUAGACUAAUUGAGUGCUGUUGAUGGUAAGUUUUUGAUAAUACUAGUGGUGAUUUGGUAUUGAAGGUCUCAUCUGGUUGAACAUCAAGUGAGAUGGUGGUGGAGCAGGAGCAAAUAUAUACUUAGUAGACUCAAGUGAUUAUUAUCUUGCUAUGUAAAGAUAUCUAUCUAGACUAUUGGCAAAUAGUUGCAUUUUCAUAGUUUAAACAGGUUACAUACAAGGAUUCAAAGUUCUCUUUUUUUUUUUAAUGUUUGUUUGAAGUGCAAUGUGCUGUUUAGACUAGAUCAGUUUUGAUCUUAGUAGCACAUAUGAUUAGUUUUAAAUGAAAGAUUGUUGUUUUAGACAA